UAGCCAAUAAGCAGCAGCCUUGUUCCUCCUCCUCCACCCAUUGUUCAUUGUUCAAAGUCGUGUUGUGUGUUGCACUAUUGACUCUGUUCUGCGUACAAUGAACUUCGACGACCACAUACUAGAAGUCCUCUGGUCGGAGGACCAGAUUUCCCGGCGAGUCUCCGACCUUGGCUCCCAAAUCUGCGCCGACUUCCAGUCCCGCAAUGAAGUUCCUGUCCUCGUCGGCGUUGCUAACGGAGCGUUCGUUUUCCUGGCCGAUCUCGUCAGGAAGAUCCGUUUGCCCCUCACUCUCGACUUCGUUCGCGUCGUAUCCUAUGGCAUCGGCACCGUUACCAGUGGCAUCCCGAAGAUCAUCGUCGACCUCAAACUCAACGUCCUCGGGAGACACGUCGUUCUGGUUGAGGACAUUGUAGAUACUGGAAACACUCUAUCAAUAUUAAUCCAAUACUUGAAAUCUAAAGGUGCAUCUUCCAUAUCUGUGUGCACUCUGCUCGAUAAACCUUCAAGGCGAAGGGUUCAUUUCGAACCAGAGGGUGAAGGGAAGUAUUACUGUGGCUUUGAGUGCCCGGAUCAAUUUGUGGUGGGAUAUGGGCUCGACUAUGCAGAGCUCUACCGGAACUUGCCAUAUAUCGGCGUCUUGAAGCCUGAAAUAUACAAAUGAUUUCUUCUCCAUGGCUUGAUUCACUGCUGCUCCUUAGUUAAAGCUGUAAGUUUUCCUGUUUUUUAGUUGCUGAUAGGUAAUAUUCCCUCUCAAAUACUUAAAUGCAUCAAAGUUAUGUUUGGCUUUUGAAUAAUUUUGUGGGGAUUACAUUACAUUUCCAUUCUGUUGCUUAGUUGUUCCUAUGUUCGAAUAUCAUAAAUAAAUAAUGGCGCGAUCUUUUAGUGUUCA